AAAGAUAGACCACAUAUUCAUUGUGCAUAAAUCAAUACCUGCUGCUAUUUUGUAAGAAGAAAAUAGCCACUUAAUUGCUUUUUCUCAAGUGAAGCACCGUAUAGAAAGGAUGGUGUCAUCGAAGCUGGGCGGAAAAUUUCGUAGCUGCUGACAUUUUAAAGAAAAUGAGCUUGUUUGCUGUUAUACAACUUUGCUUCGCAAUCACAAUUGCCGUUUAUACAAAUGCGACAAUAUUGCGCCUUCCUUGUGACAUAUUUGCUGAGUUUCGCAUCUUCAGUAUUGGGAAACGACUAACAGGUCACGUGUUAAGAACAGACAAAGGAUUGGAAGAUGGGCAGUGCAUGAUGAAAUGUGUAGAGCACCGAAAAUGUCGCUCUUACAACUGGAAUGUUGAGGAAAAGCUUUGUGAACUGAACAGUAAAGCACACGCUGACAAUGGCACAGUGCUUGCUGACGAAACAGAUUGGAUCUAUAAGUCAACUGACUAUGAUAAUCUGCUGGUUGGUGCAACAUGCAAGAAACUGAACCCCUGCGAAGCUGGAGUUCUUUGCAAAGAUAAAUGCGAGCCCCCUUUCUACGAAUGCAUUAUGAAUUGCAGCGAGGAUGAAUCUGGAUCACAUUGCAAAGCCAGACCAAACGAUGGGAAUAACUGCAACACUAAUCCGUGUGCGAACUCAGGAACAUGCAUUGUCGUGUCCCAAAGUUACAAAUGCCAAUGUACUAAUGGCUAUACGGGAAAGCACUGCGAAACUGAUAUCAACGAGUGUUACAGCUUGCCUUGCUUUCAUGGUGGGCAAUGUGAAGAUAAUGUAGGAGGAUUUUCUUGUCACUGCUUGCCUGGCUAUACCGGAGUCAACUGCGAGACAAAUGUCAAUGAAUGCAGUAGUUCCCCUUGUCAAAAUGGAGGCCACUGUCAGGAUGAAGUGAAUGCAUACAUCUGUACAUGCGCAGCAGGCUAUCAAGGAGAAAAUUGUCAAACAGAUUACAAUGAAUGCAGCAGCAGUCCCUGUCAGAGUGGGGGUACUUGCAAUGAUCAUAUCAACAGUUACAGCUGUACGUGUGCAGCGGGUUAUCAAGGCAUAAACUGCGAGACAAAUAUUAACGAGUGCAGUAGCAGUCCUUGUCAGUACGGAGGAACAUGCACAGAUCAAGUCAAUCAAUACACUUGCAAUUGUGCUCCUGGCUAUACUGGAACCCAUUGUGAAAUAGAUGUCAAUGAAUGCAGUAGUUCCCCUUGUCAAAAUGGAGGCCACUGUCAGGAUGAAGUGAAUGCGUACAUCUGUACAUGCGCAGCAGGCUAUCAAGGAGAAAAUUGUCAAACAGAUUACAAUGAAUGCAGCAGCAGUCCCUGUCAGAGUGGGGGUACUUGCAAUGAUCAUAUCAACAGUUACAGCUGUACGUGUGCAGCGGGUUAUCAAGGCAUAAACUGCGAGACAAAUAUUAACGAGUGCAGCAGCAGUCCUUGUCAGCACGGAGGAACAUGCACAGAUCAAGUCAAUCAAUACACUUGCAAUUGUGCUCCUGGCUAUACUGGAACCCAUUGUGAAAUAGAAAUAAUGGAGUGUUCAAGCAAUCCCUGCUCUGCUCCACGACAGUGCAUUGACGAAAUAGGCAGACACGCGUGUGUGCGAAAUGUAGCCUACGGAAAGCAAUCGAAGCAGUCUUCCGAUAUGCAUUCAUAUACCUCUGCUGAUAAGGCUGUAGAUGGAAAUAGGAACUCUAACCUUGAUAGUAGAUUUUGUGCAUCGACAACCGAUUCAGAUCAACCUUGGUGGGAGGUUGAUCUUGGGCAGUCAUUUCUAAUUGCUGGAAUUCAGAUCACUAACCGAGAUACACAUUUGGAAAGGCUAAGGGACUUUGACGUGUUCGUAGACUCAAAUUUGUGUUUCCAUUUUGCAAAUUCAUUUGGAAGUGGAACAUCUUACUUCCCUUGUAAAUCCUUUGUCAAAGGACAAAAGGUGAAGGUCAAAUUGAAGGGACAUAAUGUUUUAACACUUUGCGAGGUCGAUGUAAUUGCCUCUAAAGAAGGUAUUGCUGUGAAUAAAACAGCAACUCAGUCAUCUCUGUUUGGACAUGGAGCGGCCUGGAAGGCAGUUGAUGGUUCCUACGGAGAAAGCUAUGAUAAAGAACAAUGCACCCAUACCGAUGAAGGGUUGAGUUGGUGGCAAGUAGACCUGGCUAAACAACAUAUUAUUGCGGCAGUGCAGAUUACAAACAGGGAUGUAUUGUCAGAAAGGCUGAGCAAUUUCACUGUGAUGGUGGACAGUCAGAUAUGCCACAAUUUCACAUCUACUGCUGGAACGGGAAAAACAUAUUUACCAUGUAGCAGGCCAUUGCAGGGACAAACAGUGAAAAUUCAAAGACUUUGCUUCGCAAUCACAAUUGCCGUUUAUACACAUGCGACAAUAUCGCGCCUUCCUUGUGACAUAUUUGCUGAGUUUCGCAUCUUCAGUAUUGGGAAACGACUAACAGGUCACGUGUUAAGAACAGACAAAGGAUUGGAAGAUGGGCAGUGCAUGAUGAAAUGUGUAGAGCACCGAAAAUGUCGCUCUUACAAUUUGAAUGUUGAGGAAAAGCUUGCUACUGCAGUUGUUGGUGCAACAUGCAAGAAACUGAACCCUUGCAAAGCUGGAGUUCUUUGCAAAGAUAAAUGCGAGCCCCCUUUCUACGAAUGCAUUAUGAAUUGCAGCGAGAAUGAAUCUGGAUCACAUUGCAAAGCCAGACCAAACGCUGACAACCAAUGCAGCAGUCAUCCAUGCACAAAUGGGGGUGGCUGUAUCGAUGUCAUAACUGGGUACAAAUGUAACUGCAUUGAAGGUUAUACUGGAAAAAACUGCGAACAUGAUAUCGACGAGUGCACCAGUUUGCCUUGUUUCCAUGGUGGCAAAUGCAUUAAUCAAGUUAACAAUUUUUCAUGCAACUGUCUUCCAGGAUAUUUAGGCAGACACUGCGAGACCGAUUUUGACGAGUGUGAGAGCAAUCCUUGCCAAAACGAAGCUAUUUGCAACGAUGGAGCGAAUGGAUAUACAUGCACGUGUGUGAAUGGAUAUACAGGACGAAACUGUGAGACAGAAAUCUUGGAAUGUGAGAGCAACCCUUGUCCAAAUGGAUCUUUCUGCGUGGAUGGUUUCAACCGAUUUUCCUGCAUGACGAGCAUUGUAAGAGGCAAGACUACAUCACAGUCAAGCACUUCUUUUGCCAGCAAGGCUUCGCCUAAUGGCGUAGAUGGAGUUGUAAAUACAUGCAUUGAAACAAACGUUGAAGCUAAGUCGUGGUGGAAAGUGGACCUUGGUGGCGAUUAUUACAUCGCUGGUGUUCAAAUAAGACAAAAAUCUGACUGCUGUUGGUUGAGCAAUUUCAAAGUGAAAGUUGAGAGUGAUGUGUGCUCUGAAUUUACUGGUACAUCUUACAAUGAAACGAUAUAUAUUCCUUGCGACUCAAGCUUGCGUGGCAAAAACAUUAAAAUUGAGGCCCUAGAGGCUGCAUCUCUGACAAUAUGUGAACUGGAUAUCAUCAAUGUGAGAAAAGACAUUGCCAAAGAUAAAUUUGCCAAUCAGUCAUCGCUUUUCGGCCAUGGGUAUGCCUCAUUAGCCGUUGAUGGAAAAUACGGUCAAAGUUACUCGAAGAAUGAAUGUUCUCACACAGAAAAUGCUGCUAAAGAUUGGUUGCAAGUUGAUCUUGGGACAGUACACAUUGUUGCUGCAGUUUAUAUCCUCAACAGAGAUGACUGUUGCAGCGAACGACUGAAAGAAUUCUAUGUAUUUGUUGAUGACAAAGUCUGCACCUUCUAUCAGGGAAUUGCUGGGUCUAAAAUCUACUUACCAUGCAAAAGACUUAGAGCUGGACAAGUUGUCAAAAUCCAGUUAUCGAGAAAUGACCAGUUGUCCCUUUGCGAAGUCGAAGUUCAUGGGAAAAGACUCUGAGCCCUGAGCUUCAUGCAACUAUAAAGGCUGUUAAAGAUGGCGAAGUAUAUGGAACAUAAAAAGACUAAUUCAUCAUUGAUUCUUACGUGCAAAUUUUUUUCAAACAAAUAAAUUUGCCUUAAAAUUUAGUUGACCGCAAUGACUUUAAAAUGCUAGUAAAUGUGAUUGUUUUUCACUUAAAAGAUCAGCACUGUCGUACACUAACUGCGCAUUUUAAAAUUUUAAAAUAUUGCUGACUAUCUUUGACUAUGAGAGCAAACUUUUGAAUUUUAGUUUUGGUUACAAUGGAAAUGUUGCAAAAUUUUUGAGCAAUUUUAUCAUUUCGUAACUGUAAGUUAAUUUUAAAUCAGAUUUUAGAUUAUUUGCAUCAUCUUUCUUAUCACUUACAUGAAGGCUAUUUCUGUACUCUGCACCUAAGGACAAAGCUUUUUCAAAAGCUGCACCUUUGCUAAAAACUUCAAUCGCAAGAAAUUUGAGCUGC